AUGAACGCCAUCGCCUUUGACCCUUUAUCAGCCCUCAAUAGUACCCAUGGCUUGUCAUUCAUCUUCAACACAAGCUUCGGAGUAAUAGACGAAAGUUACGUCGAUCGUCUGGAGCUCCGAGCAGCCAAGCGUGCCCUUCUCAACCUCCAAAGCAACGGCACACCAACGCCCGUCCCCGAUCCAAGCGGGUCAGUUGCAGCUGAAGCGCUUGACCAGGAGCUAAAUACAGCCCGAAUAGGCGCAUUGAGCCUGAGGAUCCAAUUGUACGGCCAAGACGGGCAAGCAUUGAACAAUCUUCUCAAGAAAGAGACCGCCAAUGCAACCCAGUUCCUGACAGCCUGUGCCAACAACUCCAACGGAACGUUCAGAGACGGACAUGUUAAGAUCAUCGUAUCAGGCAAAUUGACUUCCGCUAUGAUUAUGCCGUUCCUCGCGCCAUUACUCAGCGGUGCUGGCAUUGCAGCCCCUUCGCCCACAAUCCAGGAGAUCAUCGAGGGCUUCUUUUUCCCCUCCCACCCGGAGCAUUACCAAUUAUAUCUCGGAAGUAUAACUGGCAUUACGGAAACAAUUGGUGGAAUUCCGACACGAUUCUAUCUGGAUGUCCUCCCUCAGCCUCCAGACUUUGUCAUGCAGUACCGCGAUCUGUCCUACACGGUGGGCAUCGCCGGGCGCGGCCAUCUGGAUAACGGUAAGAACACUACAAUCUCAUGGACACUGCAGCAAUUCAAGCAGGCCAAUGAUGGGAUCGAUAUCAGUUUGCGUGUCUGGUACCCGAUCGCCUGUCCUGAUAACUAUGUACAUGACCAUCUAGAGCACCUAUGCAUCGAGUACAGGAACGCGCUGCAUCUGAUCGCCGCGCUGCUUGGAAUCAACUAG